ACACAGUGAAACAGAACGAGAAAAAAAACUAUGUGUCGUGCAAAGACAUCACGUCAAAUGUGAGGCGAUGUCUGUAUACGUUCUAUCUUGUGCAAGAAGAGAUAUCUCCUUAUUUGCUAUAGUCCUAAUAUAAAAUAGAAAAGAAAAUACGUGAUGUAAUCGAACAAUAUCAUUCGAACAAAAAUAUUGAUUCAUGGUGGGAAAAAACCCAAGAGGAGAAAGAGAAAAGAAAUUACCCAGUGAAUAGGACUUUGUCAUAAAUAUAAGGCUCCGGAUUCUAUCGAGAUAUUAUCAAUUUACAUUUGGCGCACAGCACAACACAGCAUUCUCGUAAGUAUUCAUUCAUCACUUCUUAUUUUUUUGCAAUAUAAAAAACAACUUUUAACAGGUCAACCAAUAAACUAUCAGUUUUACGAUGUUUUCAUCUAACAGUAAGUUUAAAUAAAUUAGCAAUCACUAAAUUCUAUGUAAUUUCGUACAACUUGAGAAAGUGACGCCGAUAUGUAGUAAAAAAAUAAGACAUUCAUUUUUAUUUUAUGGCUAUAUAGUAGACUGAUUUGUAUUGAAUUGGAUACAGGUCAGCCUUUGAUUAGUUUUCAAUAUUACACUUCUAAUCUUUGUUAUGAUUCUUGUCGAUCGACUUCUUUUUCAAUUUUUUCUCAUUUAUUUUUUUCAUUCAAUCGUAGUUACGAUCGAGCGGAAAAGAUGGGUGGCAUAAAAUGCAAUGAAUGCGGUGUUACUGUUAGCAGUGUAGCUGCGGCAUUACGUUUAUUAGCUGAUCUCGGCACAGUGAUUCUGGAGCGAAUACCGCGUCUGGCUUGCAUCAGCGCCGGAGCUAAUUGCAGUACUACAGAGAGCGGGAUCCUUGCUGAACAAUACAACGGUCGAGGAUAUAAAUGUGUCAAUGGACAUUCAGGUCGUUGGGUGGAUGCUUGA